CUAUUGCCAUAGCAGCGCACAGCUCAUCGGCCUGUCUUGCCAGACCCUCCCGCAGCCCCUGCGGCUGCCCACGACUGCCAUGUAACCCCUCUGGAAGCGCUCCCGGUGCAGCUCAAACCAGCUUUUGUUCGGGCUGCUGUGCGGCCUGGCAACCCUCUUGGUCCUCAGCUUCCUGGCCAGCCGCCGCCGUGAGGACCCCCUCUCGCUGGCCCCCCGCAUGGUGAGCGGUGUUGGGGAGCAAUACACAGACACUUUGCUCCAACCUCCCCCCAAUGCCUUCACGCUUUCCCCAUCGCCCUGUGCCCAGACCGCCCCCUGGCUACUGGUGCUGGUGGCCAGUGCACCUGGACACGUGGCCCAGCGUGCGGGGGUGCAGCGCAGUUGGGGGGGUGCGAGAGUAGCAGGGGGGCACAGUGUGCACACGGUUUUCACCGUGGGGCUGCCUGGAGAUGUGGCACAGCAGGCAGCACUGGAGCGCGAGGCGGCCGAGCAUGGGGACCUAUUGCAGGCGCGCUUUGCCGACACCUACACAAACCUAACCCUGAAGACACUGGCAAUGCUGGGCUGGGCUACCACCCAUUGUCCCACCGCCCGCUUCCUACUCAAGACCGAUGAUGACGUCUUCCUGAACCUGCCGGCCCUGGCGCGACACCUGGAGCAGUUGGCCAGCCCACCCGCUGCCUAUCUGGGCUAUGUCUGUUCACACGGGACAUCCAUCCGCAACCCCUACAGCUGGCACUACGUGCCCACCUGGCUCUACCCACAACCUGCCUUCCCGCCCUACUGCAGUGGCACUGCCUACGUUCUCUCUGCCCCAGCCGCUGCUGCUGUGCUGGGUGCUGCCUGCCUGCUACCGCUAGUGCCCGUGGAGGAUGUGUAUGUGGCGCUGUGCGCCCACCAUGCUGGCAUUGCCCCGCGCCACCUGAACCAUAUGGCCAGGCCUUCCCACUACCCGCCUGAUGCCUGCUGCUACCGGGAGGUGCUCCUCAGCAUGCACGAAGUGGAGCCUGCCGAAAUGCUGUCCAUGUGGGAG